CUUGCAUGCAUUCAAGCCUUUUACAUACUUUCACUUCUAUUACAAAUUUACAACAACUUACAUUAAUCUUAUCGGAAAAUUUGUUCAUACAUGGCAAUGAUGGAGUUUUCGUUCGAAGAUGUGUUGAUGAAGGGUACGCUUUUCGUGAUUGUUCAAGCUCUGAUUUAUUUAAUCCUUUCGAAUUCGUCUGAUGUGUUCUCGAAGACGAAGAUGGUGAGAUCGUUUAGCUUCAAACCUGCACGAUCUGUUAGUAUUCGCCGGAUGUUUGCUGCCAUAGCUGAUAUGCCUGCCGGAGGCGAGGCGUCUCCGUCGUCAUCGAGAAGGGGGUUUCCGUUCUCCUCGUCGGAGGAUGAUUUCAAUAAAUUUGAUUAGAUUUUGGAUGGUGUUAGUGGGUGUGGGUGUAUUCAUUUAUUUUAAUCAAUUCUUUAAUUGUUUUAUGGA